UCUCAUGUUCUACAUAAAAAAUUUCGAUCUUUUCUCGUUCUUCUUUUCUUUCCCUUUUUUUUCAGUAAUUUCUUUUCCCUAUCGUAUGAGUGAACUAGACAUUUCAUUUAAAAAGCAGCAGAUGCUGGAAGAUGACGUAAAUCUGAAGGCAAUGCUUAUUCAAAUCGUCACAGACAUUGUGUUUGCCAUAUGCGUAUUUUUUUUAUUCAGCUGGUUGAGACCAAGACAUACUUUUAUUUACGCACCCAAAGCAAAAUUAUUAAAAACUGAUGUACAAAGACCAGUUACGCUUGGUCCAGGUUGGUUCGAUUGGAUAAAGCCACUAUUUCGAGUUAAGGAUGAUACGUUAUUGACAACAAUUGGCUUUGACGCUUUUGUGUUUAUUUAUUUUACAAGAGUUUUAAAACGAAUAGUGAUCACCAUUACAUUAAUUUCAAUGUUUGUAUUUCUCCCAAUCAAUAUACUUGCAGCAUAUAAAACCGGAGAUUGGCCGCCGGUUGGGCUUGAAUUUCUGUCCAUUACAGCAAUGAAUUAUCAAUAUGGUAAAUCGCAUGGCAAGCCAGAUCUUCGGUGGUUUUGGUCUCCUACAAUCGCAACAUAUAUAUUCUCAAUUAUUGUUAUAUGGCAAAUGAUCCAUUCGUCCAAAAAAUUUAUACUUUUUCGACAGGCAUAUUACAUGCAACAAGAAGAAGCAACAAGAUCAAGGUUACCUCUAAUGUCGCCUAUUGAAUUACUACAAAAAGAAAAACAGGAUUUGAUUGGAAGAACGUUGUUAGUUCAUUUCGAUAUUGAAAAGGCUCCGGCCGUCACACAUGCCUGUACUCAAGACGAAAUUGUGAAAACAAUGGUUGAUUCUCACUCUAAAGUAUCAUGUUCACAAGUCAUCAUAGGUGAAAAUAACCAGAAAUUAACCCUCCUCAUACAAGACUAUAAUCGAAUCAUAAAGAAACUGGAAAAUUCAUUAGACACUUUUUUAUAUCAAAUCAGUAAAGGAACCAAUCCAAAACGACCUCAAAUUAUUAUUGGAUGGAAGUUUGUGGACGCUAUCGAUCAUUACACAGAGCGCGCCUUAUCGUUAUAUACAUCCAUUAAACGAAAGCGACAAAAACUUCAACCGAAUAAUUAUGGGUGGAUUGUGUAUCAGAGUAGAUCAAUAGCUCAACAAGCGUAUUUAUCCAUUGAAAAAAGUCUCUUUAUAAACAAAAUAUAUCACCAACCCACUUGUGAAAGUAUUCAAUUGGCACCACACCCAGACGAUAUUGUUUGGAAAAAUAUGCAAAUCGAUGAACAGACAGCACAGUUAAAACGUUGGUUUGGUUAUGGUUUAUUCUUAUCCAUCAACUUUAUUUGGUCAAUACCCAUAGCCAUACUCAGUGUCCUAUCCAAUCUUGUUAAUCUGAUUCGUUUAUUUCCCCAAUCAGAAGAAGUCCUUUAUCAUUAUAGACUGCUGACAGGUGUUAUACAGUCUUAUGUUACACCUUGUUUAAUGGUAUUGUUCUAUUUUGGAGUACCUGAAUUGCUGCAUUUUGUGGCGAAACAACAAGCUUACAAGACCGAAACUGUUAUUCAACAAAAGACGCUCUCAAAACUAUACGCGUUUUUUAUCCUUAACAAUUUGUUAGUAUUUACACUGAUAAGUAUUAUGAUUGGUAUUGUGGGGCAGAUUAGUGCCCUGACGAUGGCAGGUACUUUAAAAGACAAAAACAUUUCCCAAUAUUUAGUACAACUUGCCAAAAAUAUGUCGGACGUGUCUUCGUUUUGGAUAAAUUACAUGUGUAUAAGGUCGGUUGGUAUUCUGUUUGAGUUAUUACAAUUGACACCACUAAUGUGGAUCGUUGUUUUUAAAUCAAAGGGAUUAUUCCGAUAUACACCAAGACAGUUGUCAAUCAUGGUUGGAGCACCACCUCAGUUUAAAUUCGCAAAGAGUUAUGGCAUGGUCAUCUCUUUCUUUACGGCAGCAUUGGUCUUUUCAGUAACAGCACCUGUGGCACUUCCAUUUGCACUACUUUAUUUUGGUCUGGCUACAAUUACCUUUAAAUAUAAAUUGAUGUAUAUUUAUGUCACAAAGGUAGAAACGCAUGGGCAAAUAUGGCCCAUGUUAUACUGUAUCGUCAUGAUAUCACUGGUUGUUUUCCAGCUCAUGAUGGUUCUUAUUUUAAGCUUAAAAUCCGGUCUACCCCAAAUGUACGCAAUUAUACCACUUAUUAUUACCACAAGCUUCAUCCUCAUUGCAUAUACCCGCUAUCUCUUAAAGCACAAUACAUUACAAGCCUGGAUAGAAUUGAAUAAUCAGAUAAAUCAGCAAUCUGUUUUAUUGGAUGAUCUAUCUAUCACACCCAAAGAAAAAGACGCAAAACUAAUCAACUUAAUAUACCAAGAUCCGACAUUGACCGAACCUUUAUGGAAACCAAUGGUGUUUGAAAAUUUCGAGAGUUUAAUACCCGAUGUUUACAAGAACCAUGCACAGAAACAACGCAUAUUAGAAGUUUUGUUUGGACACGAAAGAAAAAAGACAAAAAAGAUGGACGAAAAAUUAAAAAUGAAAACCCAAUUAGAAAAGGAAAUGAGAAUGUUUCCGCCAACACCACAUCAUCAUGGGGAUCUUUGUUACGCGCAUUAUUAUGAAGCAGGAAGCAGCCGAGAUCCUGUUCCUUUGGAUCCAACAGCAGAUGAAUUUAUGGUUGAACCAACAGCACCUGAAUUGAUCCAGAGACCACCACCCACUUAUGAGGAUGUGAUUUCGCCACAUCAGAUCACAAAAGAAAGACGACACUCGUAUACCCUUUAAAAAAUAAACGUUCUUUUUUUUUAUUAUUAUUA